AUGCCCGGCCAUGGCACUCCGGACGAAAACCCAUGCAAAGAAUCUUACACGCCUCCUUCCUUAUGCUCCUCCUCCUCUGCACAUCAGGUGCCAUCGACGAGAAGGAAGCUGAACCGCUUCUCCGAUGGAAGUCCACCCACCCUGCUGCCGGCCAACAACGGCGAGAAGCCAUCACCGUCGACCCCUCUGCCCACGUGGUCGCCUACCCUGCCGACGUGCUCCUGGUCGGGCAUCAAGUGCGACGCCGCAGGCCGUGUCGCCGGGCUCAUCCUCCCCAGCGCCGGCCUCCACGGCACGCUUGAUGCGCUCGACCUCAUGGGAGGAUUCCCUCUAGUCCUCAAGAGAUGCACGAGUCUAAUGAUUCUAGAUCUUGGUGAGAACAAGUUUUCUGGAACAAUUCCUUCAUGGAUAGGAUCUAGCCAUCCAUCGCUAAGGAUCCUUCGAUUACGAUCAAACAUGUUCCUUGGGAGCAUUCCAUGGCAGCUACGUAUCACUGCUCUCUUCCCUACAACUGCUGGAUCUGGCAGGCAAUAG